UACAUUUUAAAUACUACCUUUUCUUGUGCAUACAACACAACUGCACAACACCCUAACACACUUUAUUCUUACGCGCAUUUCGUGGUUACAUUCGUAAACAAACAGCGAACUGUCAAAUUAUCACGUACUACAUUUCUUCUACAACGAAAAGAGGAAAAAUGUAAAAGACAUUAAGCGAAAUGAAUUAUAAUAGAAUACAUAAAAAGAAAUUAGAAAAAUAUUAAAUUAGAAGUUCUCUAGAAAGUCGAUUAAAAAAUAUUGUCUCCACUCAAUUAUAAAGUGUAAAUAAACAAAAAAUUCGAGAUAAAAACAAAAAUGGUACUCCGUUCAGGCUGCAUUAUUCCCUUUCAGUUCCGCGACAAUAAAAAACUUUUGAUGAUCGGUGUACCUGAGGAAAAUCGAAAUUUAAGCAUUUGGGAUUUAAAAAAUGUUGUGCGAGCGGCAUUCGGGGUUUAUAAUUUCGAGUUCCGCAAUAAGAAGAUUGGAUUCAUCAUACCAGACGAACUGUUGCUCAACUACUUGGCGCAGCGUCAUGACCUGACCAAUUUCGUUAUAGAAGUAGGACAGGUUAAAGAUAAAUCGAUGAGGAAUAAGAAUGCAAGUUUCGACUCUCGAUGCUCUCAAAAGUUAAACAUUCAAUUAUCUCAAAAAUCCGACGAUAGUGUAGCAAAUGAGUAUACCGACGAAUAUGUCAUAGUUAAUGAAGCUUUGAGUUCUCCAAGGCAAGGAAACAAUUUAAAUGAGCCACCGAACAAAAUACGUAUAUCUCAAGCAUAUACAGCACGUUUGUCAGAGUCCCCCAUACGGUCAAUGGAUCAAUCAAUCGAUAUUAUGGAUAAAGUUGAGGAUUCAGUCUGUUUUGAGAAUGAAAUGGAUUUUAAAGUGAAGGAAGAAAUACCAAGCACAAAUUACUCUGAGCAAAACUUGUCAUUAACAAACCAAACCAUACAUAAUCAGCAUAAAAUGCAGCAAAUUUUAGCCAUUAAAAAAAACCCACAUUAUUCGCAAGAUGAUUCCACAAAUGAGCAAUUAAGGUCUACACAUUCUCCAGUUACUGGUGUUAUAACUGCUAGGCGCUUUAAAAUGUUUAAACAAUUCGGUAAAGUCAACAAUAAAAGCACCCACCACAUACGAAGCCCAAUAACCCAACCCAGUAACAUUCACAACAACCCAACGAUAACCAACAGUGAAUGUUUUAGAAAGAAGCGUCACUCCCGUUGGAACACAGAAGAGGAGCAAGUCCUGUUAGAGUUGUGGGAGAAAAAAUUGCCACAACUACGUGGACAGAAAAGGAAUGGUCAUGUGUAUGUGGAAAUAGCGGAUGUGAUGUGCCAAAAUAAUUUUGAUUUUAAUGCGGCGGAGAUACGACACAAAAUUAGAAAUUUGAUGAACAGAUAUAAAAAAGAAAAAAAAAUGGGGAUACCAUCUGAUUGGCCAUAUUUUGAGAAAGUAAAAAUGUUACUGGAAAGCUACAAGAGCCUCGAUAUAGAGACGGUAGUUGAAGAAAGCAUAAAAACAAAAAUGGUACUCCGUUCAGGCUGCAUUAUUCCCUUUCAGUUCCGCGACAAUAAAAAACUUUUAAUGAUCGGUGUACCUGAGGAAAAUCGAAAUUUAAGCAUUUGGGAUUUAAAAAAUGUUGUGCGAGCGGCAUUCGGGGUUUAUAAUUUCGAGUUCCGCAAUAAGAAGAUUGGAUUCAUCAUACCAGACGAACUGUUGCUCAACUACUUGGCGCAGCGUCAUGACCUGACCAAUUUCGUUAUAGAAGUAGGACAGGUUUUUGAACCUAAUAAAGAUACAUAUCCACCAGAAUUGACCUGCAAUAUUUGCCAUUGUGCUACCAAAAAACCUUUAGAUAUACAAGAGACUACGAAUAUAUCCAGCCAUCUCAGUCAAAUGACCAAUUUAAGUGCCAUAAAUUCACAGAACUCCGAAAAUGCAGAAAGUGCAGAUGAACAGCCGCCGCCUUUGAAAUUACGUGCAACACAUUCACAUAAUCCCACUGUUAUAACAACGCCGAAUCACACCACAGACGCUGAUCAUUUGGUAGACGAAUCGAAAUUCAAUUUUGCCACAGGACUGCCACCACCUACCGAUAUUGAUGACGCCGAAGACUCACAGCCAUCCUCCAAAUCGUAUGCUGGCAUAACUGAUGAGGAGCAACAGCAAUUGCACCAGCAACAACAACAACACCAUGAAUUCGAACGCUGGAAUGAGUACUUAAUGCAUCAGCACCAGCAACAACAACAACAACAGCAACAUCAGCAACAAGUUGAAGCACUCAUGCAGGAAACAUCGACGAAUAAUUUAAGGCAACGCAAAGAACGUAUGUCAAAGAAACAAAAGGAGGUCUACGUCAAUUUUUUGGAACAAAAUCCUAUCAUUAAUGAUCGUCGUAGAAAUGAUCCUUACCUUGAUCCUUUUUGGAUAAAAUUAGCGGAUAUAUUAAAUUCAGUGCCGCAAGGUGCUGUAAAACAUGUAGCAGAAUGGAAGCAGACCUUUGACAAUUGGCGUUAUCGUAUAUUCCUUUAUGCGCGCUUUAAUUCCAAAUUGGCAGGCGAUGCAACACUAGAUUCAAGAAACUUUAAACCACUAACACAGACCGAUAAACGUGCUUAUAGCAUAUGGAUACGUAAUCCAGAUACAGCGCCACCAGAUUUAGAGAAAAUGCGUAAUGUUUUUAUUAAUUUAGAGGAUACGCAACAGGACUAACGUUUGCGAAAAAAGCGUAGUAACUGAACUAAUCAAAAUCACUGAUUAAAUCAGUCACAAUACACUAAUCGAUCGUUUGAUUAAAACAUCUUUAUUAAGAGGCCAAGCCUGAGUUAUUGAAGAUAAAAAAAUUGUGUA